CAGCCUUGGCGCGAAUGCGAUGCGUUGUUUUCGACAACAAUCAGUCAAACAGGCUGCAUCAAACAACAACUCUCAAUUUCGUAGACUUGUGUUCAAUAUCUUUAAGGGCAUCUCUUGAAAAAUGCAGGGACUCACAGAUUCACAUUACUUGGAGUCAAGAUGUGUAAAUUGAUAUCCCACCUUAAGGAUGUUGAAGUACUGUCACAGUAGAUAAGCUGAAGCUUCGCACCCAAGCGCGAAGGCUAGGUUGUACAUAAUAUUUGUCGAAAAUGAGGUUGAAUUGUACAGUUGAGCGUCGUGACAGACAACUGGCUAGCCUUGCAAUGAAAGGGAAAAGGGCCGGUGUGUCUGUGUUGAGCAUAGGACAAAAGUCUGGUGGUGGAGAGGUCGUCAUUGUGCACCACUCAGUCACAACCAAAGAGAAUACUAGUUACAGAGUAAAAGGGAACAUCUUAAAAGUAUUUUCCAAAUUCCUCAAUGAGGGGAAAACAACAAUCAGUUUUGCUAAUCCUCCUCAUGAUCUCAUGGUUAAAGCAGAUGACAACAUACAACUAAAAUCAUUUCUGAACAGCAUUCGGCUAGUUCUGCAAGGAAAAGAGCUCUCUAGGGGAGCGGGAGGGUUAUCAUGCCUUGAUACUAAUGUCAAGGUUCAUAGACCGAAAACUAAACUAGUAAUAGCCAAAAAGUCAGAGUAUCCUGUUUUGGAGGGAUUCCCUCGCACCCUUCUUGAACUCCAUAUUCCUCACCUUGAGCGUUCAACCUUUGACUCGCGUAUCCUUAAACUCAACCAGUUACGUGUCCUUGAUCUAAGUGACAAUAAAAUUACAAUAAUUCCUCAUGGCUUAGGUGAUCUCCCUAAUUUGUCAGAACUUAACCUGGCAAAUAAUGAACUGGGUUUGACAUCUAGACAGCCUGGAGCAUGGGACUGGCUUCGUGGCUCAAAGCUGCCCCUUUGCCUUCAUAAAUUAGACCUUAGUUCAAAUAAUAUACCUGCUCUACCUAGUUUUCUUAGAGAUUGUGUAAGACUGUUAACUUUAAAAUUGAAUAACAAUCAAUUAACUGUUCUUCCAAGUGGCAUGGGUCGAAUGAAUUCACUCAGGUAUUUGUCUGUAGCCUCAAACCAGCUGCGGUUUCUACCGGGAUCAAUGUUCAAACCACUGAAUCGCAUUGAACAUCUUGAUGUUUCUAACAAUCCCUUCUCUGGCGAUUGUAUUACAACUUCUAUAGCAACACCAAAAAUGCUCAGUCUAAAGGAGCUAGCUGCUAGGUCGGUCAUUUCUUGUAAGAUUCAAGUUAACGAAUCUAUUAUCCCUUUAACUGUCCUAAAAUUCAUGCAAGGUUGUGAUUUCUGUGUUUGUGGUAGUGCAUGUUUCAAUCCUGCCUUCAGCAAGAUUUUAUACAGUGACAUACGAAAGGUUGCAUGUAAUGUAAUUAUUGGUCCAGGUGAAAACAUGUUUAAGCCAUUUAGAGUAAGUUUAUGUGUUGACAGAUGUCUACGUAACAAAUUUGCCGAAAAUAUUUUAUCCUGACCCAUAAACUGAGGGAAAAUUUGCCCUUGAAAAUGUUAUUAACUGAUCGCAUGAUGGCUCUUCUUUUAUCACUCAGUGUCUACAGCAGGAGUUUUUACAUAAACUUUUUGGGGUUAAUUGGCUGUUACUUUUAACAAAUAAAAUGAUAUUGUAAUUUUU